UAACGAUGCUUCGCAAAUGAUAACCUUCCCUCAUAUAGCGUCACAGGAUUAUAACUCUAACCUUUCAUUAAUAAAUCGCGGUUGAAAAUCCGUAUCCCCGUUAUACCGUCCGAGAUUAGAACGUUAAGAAAAAUUGCGGAUAUUACAUAGUUCGUUGCAAGACAGUUACUCAAGAAGGUCAACUACGUCACGAGGUAAAACGAGUCCUCUCCCCUCGAGAAACCCGGAAAUCGUUUUGCGCCAGUCACGUGAUUCCGAGAUGCGAAGCGUAGAGCCAAGGUCCUGGAAGGUGCAGCUAGUUGAAUGACCCGUAGCACGUUGACAAUUUACGAAAACUCGCGACUAGUUUCUAAAGGGAAUUUUCGUUAAAAAGUUCGGAACAAGGAAACUUUUCAAAGUUCAUUAAAUGUUCCACUAAAAAAUUAUCAAAAAUGAAACCGGCCUACUGGUGCGUGUCUGGUUUCCUCAUAAUCCUCUUCUACAUUUAUCUGACGGCGGUGCAGUAUGUCCGCGGUAUGCAGGUUAAUUUUAAUUACCACAAUUACGAUCAGAUCACCACGCUUCUGCAUCAGAUAAGUCGGAAGUAUAGGGAUUUUACUUUGCUCUACUCGGUUGGGAAGUCCGUUCAAGGUCGAGAUUUGUGGGUGAUCGUGCUUUCCAGAUAUCCUCAAGAGGAACCGCUUCUGAAACCCAAUGUCAAAUACAUAGCCAAUAUGCACGGUAAUGAGGCUGUAGGAAGGGAACUGAUGCUACACUUAAUUAUGUACCUGAUAAAUAAUUAUCCUACGGAUUAUUACGUUCGCUGGUUGUUAGAUAACACGCGGAUACACAUCAUGCCUUCCAUGAAUCCGGAUGGUUUCGAAGUAGCGGUUGAAGGACAAUGCUCCGGGAAUCAAGGAAGGUAUAACGCUCGCGGGUUCGACUUGAAUCGCAACUUUCCCGACUAUUUUAAAACCAACAACAAACAACAACAACCGGAAACAAAAGCCGUUCGCGAUUGGUUGCAUCAGAUUCAAUUUGUCCUAUCGGGAAGUUUACACGGAGGAGCUUUAGUCGCUAGUUACCCCUUCGAUAAUUCCGCCAAUUCGAUUUUUCAGACGUACGGAACACCUUCUCUAACUCCUGAUGAUGAUGUGUUCAGACUUUUGGCUUCCACUUAUUCCUUCAAUCACGAGAAUAUGCAUCUUGGUAUCCCCUGUUGGCAGGAUACUUCGGGAUUUCCUAAUGGAACAACUAAUGGUGCAGCCUGGUAUCCUUUAACAGGUGGGAUGCAAGAUUAUAGUUACGUAUGGGGAGGUUGCAUGGAGUUAGUUUUCGAAGUGUCUUGCUGUAAAUAUCCGUACAGACAAGAGCUACCUAGGUACUGGACGGACAACAGGAAGGCUCUAUUGAGGCUUCUCGGUGAAGUCCAUCGAGGAGUGAAAGGCAUCGUGAAAGACCCGAAAAAUCGGCCCAUAUCUAGAGCUAGCCUGAAGGUUAAGGGUCGAGAUGUGGGUUUCCACACCACCAACAGAGGCGAAUAUUGGAGGAUACUACUACCCGGAACUUACGUUAUUGAAGCUUAUGCGGAAGGAUACCAACCCAUCGAAGUGAAAGUUGUAGUAAACGAGAAAGAAGUGACGGUCAGGAAUAUCACAAUGUAUCCAUUCAGGAGAGAACAAAUAAGAAGGAACGAGUCCCACUUUAACACUGUAGUUAGACCACCUCAUCCCAUUCGACGCCAAGGGCCACUGUCUUCCAUUUUUAGUACCAUCACCAAUAGGCUCAACACUUGGAUCAGCAUCUUAGGAUAGAAUUUCUAUCGUCUUUUGCCUUAAAAGAUCCUGUUGAUUCUUAGAAUAUGGAUCGUUUCCUUAGACAAUGGAGGAAAUUGAUCCCGGACACAGAAUAGAAAGAACUAGCAGACGCUGCUUUAAUUAAUGGCACAUACCAGCAGCGGAUUCUCAUCAUCAUCUAUGGCAAAAUGUAUAGAUUAUCAGAAAAACCGAAUAUAAUUUAUUUAAAUAUGUUUAC